AUGACCAAUGGGCUGCACAAAGGACCCCUCCCCGGCGGCGGAUACACGCUCCCUACUCCCACACGCACAAACCGAAACGAGGAUGCAACUCUGAUUGAUGAGCGGCGGAUGUCCAAUCGGCGAUUUCGCGAAGGCGCUUGGGCAGUUACUCUUUUCGCGAUAUGGAGUUGCAAUUUUGUCUCUGGCGGGGGUCAAUCCGGGGUUGCUCGGCCGGAGGGUUGUCGCCAGUGCCACGUCAACUUCCACUUUCCGGGCUGUCCAUCACUGCUGCAGAGGCCCACCUACGCAUUAAAUAUCAACCGCUAUGGAGGAGGGAGCGAGGGGGAGGAGCGUGGAGAGGUCAUGCAGUGUGCAGCUGGGCUGAGUUCACUCUGGUGUCAGACUGUGUUGAAGGUGUUCAAAGAUUGUUCAGCAACUCACUCAAGAUGA